AAAACUGGUUUUGUCAUAGAGGUUUUGUCUUUCGUUCGCAACGGCUCCGGUGUAGUGAAUAAGUUAUGUUUAUGAAAGGAAAUAAAUAGCAUUGUGGCUCAGUGAAUCCGCGACCUUGUGCCGUAUUAAAUAGUCACAUUGUACUGUUGUUGUUACACCCGGUGCUCAUGUUUACUUGUUAUCAGGCGACAGGUUUACGAUCGAGCGGCAUCAGACAUUUCAGAGUUUAUUUAGAGAAUUAGAAAGAGAAACAAUAUGCAAAUAGAAGUUGGUAGUAUCACGAAGGUUCCUAAGAAUCGGUGCGAACUGGGCUGACCUUCCUUCUGUAUAAAGAAAUCAACCCACGCUGGCCAUUGAAGAGACUCCUACGCUCAGCCGAUGAUGUGAAUUGCGUCGUGGACACACUUAUAAAACUAAAAUGAGAAUCAAACUAGAGGAGCUUAAACGUUUCUCCACUCGGUGCCGUGUUUGUAUUUAAGUUUACAGUGAAGAUUUCUCAGUUUUCGUGGUUGGUGUUAAGUGCUCAUCAUCGAUGUUGGUUCGGUGAUUUAUUUGUGCAAAUACCUGUUGUUUCCGACUAAUGUCAAGGCUGAUGCCAAUAAAACGCUUCAAGUGGCUUCUUCACUAGCACUGGUACCAAAAGCCUGUGACUACCAUGGGAAUCCUGUCGGUUUCAAGCUGGAGAACGCGGCAAUAGUUACAGAUAAGCGGAUCCAAAAACCCGUCAAAAUAAAGAAAUCAACAUUCCUAUGUUACAAAGUGAGGAUGGAUGAAAGCGAUGUCAUUAUAUCAUCUACAGAAAUAAUAAAAGACAGACUCUACUUCGCGACUCUGAAGACGGGCUACAAACCGAAGCCAACUCGCAAUAGCAAGUACUUCCACAUAGAAGAUGACAUUGUUUACGAAAAUUUUUACUUUGACUUCGGUCCAUACCACCUCUGUCACCUGUAUCAGUUUUGCAACCGGCUUAACGACGAGCUUGAUAAAAACCCCAAGAAGAAGAUCGUCUUUUAUACCAGCAACAACGAGACACUGCGACUUAAUGCUGCUUAUCUUAUUGGAUGUUAUCAGAUAAUAUACCUGAACGCUUCCCCAGCCGCUGUCUACAAAACCCUCACAGACGGCUCAGAAUGGUCCCUCCUCAACUUUCGCGACGCCUCUGGUGGCCCUCCGCUCUUCGAUAUCUCUCUUCUAGAUGUGCUGCAUGGCGUUAAGGUAGCUCAUGAUGCAAGGUUCUUCGAUUUCGAGCACUUUGAUGCUGAUCAAUAUCUGUUCUAUGAGAAAGUUGAAAACGGCGAUCUGAACUGGAUAAUACCGGGCAAGAUGCUCGCGUUCUCCGGGCCCCAUCACCGCUCACGCCUCGACCGGGGUUAUCCCCUCCACUCCCCGGAACACUACCAUCAGUACUUUCGUACUUAUAACGUGACUACAAUUGUCAGAUUGAACAAGAAAUCAUAUGAUGCAAGGCAAUUUACAGCUCACGGGUUUGAGCAUAGAGAAUUGUUCUUUAUAGAUGGUUCGGUGCCGUCCGAUUUGAUCGUGAACAGGUUUAUACGAAUCACCGAAGCAGCGAAGGGAGCUGUUGCUGUGCAUUGUAAAGCGGGUCUAGGCAGAACGGGGACAUUAAUAGCUUGCUAUAUGAUGAAGCACCAUGGGUUCACAGCGCGCGAGGCUAUCGCCUGGCUACGCAUCUGCCGGCCAGGGUCUGUCAUUGGACAUCAGCAGUGGUUUCUCGAGAACAUCCAAACGCGCAUGCACGCGGAAGGCGAAACGUAUCGCCAACGUCACAACAUGACGUCAUACCCCGUUUUCACUCGCGGCAUCUACAGCGACCUGCCCCCCGAACCUCUGCCCGAGCCGUCCGAAACCAUUGCAAACGCCAAAGGGAACAAUACCGAAGAAAAGCCUGUGUCGUUGCAGAGCAUAUUGAAUAAUAAGAACACUAAUAAGCUGGACAAUGCAAAUGCGCUUAAUGCCAACGAGACAGACUCCGAGAACAACGUGACUACCGUCAUCGGCAAGUACAAAACCAUACCCACACCUAUGCUACCCACCAAGACUGUCUUCACACCCAAACUGAACUACAUGUUGCCUACAAACAAUAUAAGAAACUCUGCGAAUACGAAUUUGAAGCCUCAACCGAGGAUAAUUAACUCUAGUUUAAAGUCGCACUAUGCGGCUAAGACGUCUACCUUCCCGCCAACAAGGAGUGCCAACGCCCAAACCAGUAAACUAGCUGGCAGUGUCAAAAGCCCCUUUACAGGCAAAAGUAGCUUCCAUGGUCAGCGUGCCAAUCUUGCAAGACCUACCAUCAGCUUCACCCAUAGCAGCCCUUUAAAAACGUCGCGAAAAGUCGUCAGUAAAAUUACAUCCAACGAUACUAACGUAGUCAAUAAUUUAAGCAACGUAACUUCCACUCUAUCUGCUUUGACUGAAAACUGUCAUUUAAACGGAAAGAACAGGCUACCAUCAGAACCGAACUUAAAAUCCGUAAAUCAAACAAAAACAACAGUGACUAAUUUAACACGCAAGAAACUAAUUAUUCGAUCGAAUUCAAAUUCGCGCAAAAAGUUACCGAAAAGCAAUCUUGCCAAAUCGGGUUUGGAGAGUACACAAGAUCUGUCUUCCAGUGACACAAAUGUUACUAACAUAUCUGCAGACUCGCUCGAAACUCCGUUCAGAUUUAGACGAAAACGGGACAAAUCAAAUAGCCCAGAACCAAUGGAAUGCAUUACAAAUUCUGUCAUCACUGCUGACGUAACGCCUGACAAUUUCGAAGAAACAAAUAAUUCGCAAGGAAAUAAACUUUAUAAGAUAAAGGCGUUAAGGAAGAAGUGUCCUGCGUUCGGUGUAAGUUUGUUAAAGAAAGAUGGCGUCCAAACUCGGUCGAGUAGUUGUGCCAGCAGCUCAACGGUUAAAAAGAAAUGAUCUCUGUGAAUUGAUGUUAGUUUAGAUUAUAUUUGCAUGUCAUAGAGAUUCUAUAGGUUAUUUUGUCUUGACUACUUAAUGGAGACUGUUCCAAAGUUUUUAAACACCUAUAUAGAGAGUGGACAUGUGCAAUGUACUAUUAAUUGUUGUGUGUAUAUAGGAUAGAUUUAUUUGAAUAUGGCGAUAAUAUUAAUUUCAUCAAAAGAUCGCUCUCUGUUAACUAGUCAAGCACAAUAUUGUGCAUAGCACAUAAAACUAUUAUAAGGUAAUUUUAGAGUUGAUAGAUUUGCAUAGAUGCUUCUCUUUAUGCCGGGUUCACGAGACUGCCUUGCCUUUGUUUGGGUUGUCGACAAUCAGCUACUGCUUUAUGAUUGGCUGAGUGAUGAUGUCCUCUGCGAAUGGUCCUUGCGUGGAAGUAUCAAGCUAGAUAUCAAACUCACGCAACGCAAAGAAAUCCAACACAAAGCAAGAGACCGGCGCAAGCGAGCGACUCGUUAACAGUCCUACAUGCGCGUAUGCGACAGAUCUUUGCGUAUGCGCGAAGCGAGUCACGCAAGCAAGCGAAAAUCGUAAGUGAAAGACUCGUAAACCCGGCCUUUACGGAGGGAGUAACUGAGAGUUAAUGAUUAAAUAAACUCAUAUCAAUUCAGAAUUUGUAAAACAAACAGUGAUGUGCUAUGUUUGGUCUAGACAAAUUUAUCAACUUGUUUAUGUUUCAUCGUUGUUGUGUAGAAUAUAAUACGUGGUGUUAAAAUUCACUACAAUCUGAUGAACUUAACCUUUGAAGGUUACGGCAGGUUAAGGAAGGUAUAUACCUAGUUUUUUUUUAUGAUAUCAAGUGACGGGACGAACAAGGCGCGUGUUGGCAAGCUUAGAGCUUUAGAUCGCAACGAUCUGAGGGGCACUGCCAUUGCGUCCGUUACCCUAAGUAUUAGGGUCUAAGUCAUAAUAAGUAAACAAAUCCCAUGUGCCUGUAAUUUCACCAGCACGUUAGCCUUCAAAACCGGAACGCAGUAAUGCUCACAUUUUCCUGGACGAACUCUUUCACAAGGAGCUGAGUUGUAUAGUUUCGCGUUACUUUACAGUAGCAUUAACUCCUUAUUUUUUAAAGUUAUUCAUGAAGGGUCUGAAACACUCAGAGAAAAUAUAUUCUUAAAUUAUUUACCUACUCCGAAAAGAUAAAGUAACGCUGUAACAAGAUACAAGAAUAAUUUUCUGGUUCUUUGUGAUGUAAGAAUAUGCACAAAAGAACUAAAUUUGUGCUUCUCUAUUGGAUAUUAAGAAAGAACGUUUCAAAUUUCAUGGUGUACC